AGACAGGAAACAAUGAUACAAAUAAAUCAUCAGUUUUAUUUUAUUCAAAUUUUUCAUAAUUUUGCGACUAUUUUUAAUCGUUUAAUCACAUCAGUUCUCUUUUUUUAUAUUUACUACGCUGAAAAUCCUCAGAUGAAUAAUCAAUAAAUUGUAAAGCAGUUUGCUUUACAAAAUUAAUGUUUUCCUAAUGUCUCCAUAAAGAAACACUAGAGGGAGACAAAGUGCAAAUGUCUGUAUGCUCAAACUCAGGCUCUUAUGUUUGUAAAUCCAGGAUCCUGUUAGGACAUCUUUCAAAACAAAAAAAAAACAUUUAUUUAAAUGUAAAGUUGCAUUUAUUUGCCUCCUGACCUGAAUUAUACAAGAAUCCUUAAAUUCACAGCUUUAUGCAUUUUAGGUCAUCCGUCCAGCCUGACAUCUAACAACAUCUCUCUCCUCAUCUGCAGCACCUUCUCCUCUCAUCAUCUCCACCUGCUUACCACCACCCUCCUACAUAUCCGACCUUCUUGUGACUGCAUCUCACAUAUUUAUACAGCAUGUCUGAGAUGUGCCUUCAUUUCACACAAACACACACUCUGAUAUUUUACCACCAGCAGGAUCUUUGACAUCAUUUUACACAGAAUUCACACUGCAGUGAAGAACUUGCACACACACCUACUUGCACAUGCACAGAAUGACUCAGGCUGCAGCAGCUGAAAGACAAAACUUAUUGAUUAGAGAACGGUGGAAAAGCAGCUCCAUCUUUUGUCUCAGUAGAAGAUUCAGAGUUUCAUUCUUGUUCCAUUUCCUUUAUUUAAAGCUUUUCUAAAGUUGAGCCUGCACUUUAUGACUUUGUUUUAUUUUGUUUUGAUCUAUGUGAAGCACUUUGUGAUGUCUGUGAUAAGUGCUAUAUAAAUAAAAUGUACUUAAGCAGCCAGCUUGUCUCCCCCUGCAAGGUGGAAAGCUAGCUUAAGCAGGGGGACCUUGAAAGCGCUGUAGGAUGUGUUACCAAUAGUAAUCUUUGUUAUCUUUGACCAGUUUUCCCGGUGUGGGCUGUUUCCUUACCGGGUGCUUGAUCAUUUGUACCCACGAGGAGGGGUCUUGCGUGGAGCCCCAGGUCAAGGGAGCUUGUCAGUGAUCUUGUAUUUAUUCCAUUUUCUAAAAAUUGCUCCAACAGUUGAUCUCUUCUUACCAAGCUGCUCUCCUAUUGUUGACUGGCUCAUCCCAGUCUUGUCCCUGGUGUCUUGAGACAGCUUUCUGGUCUUGGUGGAAGUUGGAGUCUGACUAUUUGAAGGUGUGGACAGAUGUCUUUUAUUGUUAAUACCUUUCUCCCUAUUAUUGCAGUCCAGUUGUUUUAAAACGGCUGAUUUGGGUGCAAGAGCUGAAGGCUUCUACUUGUCCCUCACCUCUGUAGCUCCUUCACUUACGCAACUAGACAGAUCAUGCAACAAGCUGAGUGCAAGGACCCUGCUGCACACAUCUUUGUUACCAAAGACGAACAGCUGAGAGCAAAUAUGCUAACCCCAGAUAACGUUCUCUACACGUGUGGACUAAAAAUGCAAACAGGACACAGAUUAAACUGAAGCAGAGGGUUUGGUUUGGGGAGAUUUGAGCCCAAGCUUCAAUGACAGUUUUGAUUAUAACAGUGCGGAGGAGAGAUUUGUUGUAAUGGGGUCAGGGAUAAUUGUAUGUAGGAAGGAUUUGGAUCCAAUUACUUUACUAACGGUCAAUAGAAUUAGGGUGGGUGUAACUUUUUGCUAGUGCCUGAAACUGUUGGGGGAAAAGUGAAUAUUUUUGUUUAAAUUUUGUGUUUUAUAAUUAGGGAUGGGAAUUUAGCAAGUUAAUUAUAAAUAAUUAAUUAGAAAAAUAUAAUGUGUUAAUAAAACUCAACGUGUUUAACCCUUUGAGACCAAGGGCCCAUCUGAUCUGACUGACUGAGCUGUUAAUCUAAUUUUGGUGAGUAACGCUUCAUCCUAUUGGCCAUAAAGAUCCAAAAGAGGUGUCAAUCAUCUGAACUGACCAAUUGGUAAUGGAGAUAGAAAGCUGCGUGUAUCUUCUGGAAUAUUUUUUACACGACACGCAGCAGCAGUCCAAAACAACUUUAAUUUCCUGUUUCUAUGGAAAUACAGUUUUAAAUAAUUUUGGGGAAUUUAAAAGAGCUUAAGUUUACAAUUAUAAUGUCCAUGACAUUGUUUGAAUUUCUGCCUCAUUAUUUUUAAUGAAAAAAAUACUUUUGGAGCAAAUUUUCUUGAACGAUUAAAAUGCGAUUAAUUUAGAUUAAUUCAUUAUGAUGCUCUAAUUAAUCAGAUUCAUAUUUUUCAAUGAGUCUAAUUAGAAUAUAUUUUCCUGACUGUUUUAGAACGUUUUUUAGUUUUCUAAAAUUAGGAGCAGCAGGGGCGGAUUAAGGACUGAAGAAGAUCCGGGGCUUAACACACACACACACACACACACACACGCGCGUGCGCACACACACACGUGACACGCACUAGUCAACAUCAUAUAUAUUUGUCUUGUACCACAAAAUUUUUAAUCUGAAGCUACAUAUUAAGCAUAUUCAGGGCAGAGUAUUGUUCUGUUAGUGUUUAGUGUGAGAUGAUAGUAAAUAUUCCCUUUCUUUCUCCAUCAACUUUACCUGAUAGUAAGCUAACUUUAGGCAAACCAGCACCACAACAAAUAUUUUCAAAUAAGACUCACAAACCUGAGUCAACACCAGUCUCAUCAAAGCUGGGGUUCUGUUGCGGUACUUUUUGUCUAAAAAACGUCCUUAUGUCCAUCUUCACCAUCGACAUUAAUAUAUGCGUUUCAGGCAGAGACUGCAGAAGAAGCCGGCUGCUGAAGGGCUUCUUCUUCAGUGGUGGAGGCUCAGGCAGGCUGUAGACAAACUACUGCUAGCUGCUCCCUCUGUGUUGGACUUUGGUACUGCAUGUUACUUCCACGUUUGAGAUCUGGGGCUUUUCAUUAAAGAUUUGGGGCUUGAGCCCAAGUAGCCGGGCCUAACGCCGCAGUAGACAAGAAAAGAUCUGAAAUAUCUUGGUUUCUAAUCCUAAAAACAUUGGAGCUGCACAUGAAGCAUAUUUAAGAAAAUGUAUUUUUAUUUAUUUCUUUUCUAAAAGUGACUUUUCUUUUGGUGUUUUUGAUCAUGAUCUCCAGAAAAAGAAAGUUUUCUGUCUCCUCCAUGACCAACCUACCUGGGCUAUUUUCUGCUACGCUCCAGUGAUCCGUGAAGCUAAAAGCAGGAAACUAUGGCUAAUGCAGCUCAAGUCCUGAGAUAAAAGCGAAGCCCUAAGUGAAUACUCAGAUAUGUACGCAGACACAUCACACACAUGCACAGCACCACCUCUGGCCCGCUAAAAUCUCCGUCUGUUUCUCUUUGCUCUAAACGAGGACAUCUAUUCAACCCUUCAUGGCUUCAGAUGUUGUGUGUGUCUCUGUUUCACCUUUAGUUACAUCACUUCUGUCUACACAGAUAAGAUGGAUUGUUGAAGCAAGAAAAAAGAUCCUAAAUCAUGAUGAUGUAACUGAUGAGUGCCGAAGAGAAAGCUGUUUUAGGUUAAUGCUCGAUGUUGCAUAAAGAAAAAAGAUUAAAUGGGCAAGAUUUUGUUUCGGUUUGUAGAAAGAAGCAUUAAUGACCGAAGGUUUUUAAUCCCUAUAGCACAUUAGUGGACAAUCAACAUAUCUAAUGGAUGAAAUGGAAGUAAGCAUGGGAUUUUUGUCCUGUUUUAAAUCUAAAAAUCAUUUUUGUCUGCUUUGUUUUCAGUGGAGAUGUUCACCUGCUCUGGCUAAUGAGCUACACAUUAAAUUAGAUGAUGUUUAAAGUCAAAAAUACAGUUUUCCAGGAUAUUCCCCUUCAGGAUUGUUUUCUAGAAAGCAGAAUUAUUGGUUCCAUCAAUCUCAUCAAGUCACCUCAUUCCUAAUGCAGCAAAGCUACCCCAGACCAUCACACUACCACCACCAUGUUUGUGUGAUGUUCUACAUAUGGAGUGCAGUUAAUUUUACAGCAGAUGAGUUUAUUUCCAUCUCAACAUCCUCCGACUGUAGCAAGGAAACUUCUAGGAAAAAGAUAAACAAGUACAUUUCAAGGUGUCUUUUGUUUUCUCAAUUUGAAAAGAACUCUGGAAAGUAUUUUCUCCAUUAAUUGUAGAAUAUUUGGAGAAUUUUGGAGGUCAGAUUUAAAUAGCUAGAUAAUUUUAAGAAAACGUCUGACCCAUCAAAUGAAAUGAAAGCUGGGGCAUGUGAAACCAGAGUAGCAGGACAGGGUGGUGUAGCGUUGAGCAGCAGAGUGAUUAACGAAGAGAUAAAGUAGAGCAUCACCCCUCCCUUCUGCUUAUUGUCAUUUGAUGUGAAGGCUGUGUUGCUAUGGGCAACCAUCCGCCCAGUGAAAGAAGAAAAUGAAGGGACCAGCUGGUGUGGAUGGCAACAGAAAGGCAGCGAGGACAUAAAGAAAGUGAGUUGGUGUCAGAAAGACUGAAGUGAAACCUGAGCGUCUUUCAAACGCUGAUCAAAGCAGAGCUGCAGAGGAUGACAACCAAGCAUUCGAGUGGAGGACACUACAGCUUGCCAACAUCAGCAGCACGGUGGAAAAGCUGCCCAAUCAUCAGCUGACAUGCUCAAGAGUGCAACAGCCAAUGAAACACCAGGACGCACCCUCCCCAGCACAAACAGUGAGAUGCAGAGACUGCACAAUCCCAGCUCGGAUGUCUUGUUAGUGAAUGGAGCUGUUCCCGUGCUGCAGCUCUGCACGUCUCUGUUCUCUCUGCUCGGCUCCUCUUUCAUCUGACACGGCACGAUGGAGAAGAGAAAAAACAAUAAGGAAUGCAGGAAAAGUCAAGUCCUGGCCAUGAAGAGACAGCAAAGUAUCACCGAAACCAGCGAUGAGGACACGGCUGAGGACACGGCCGAAGACACAGCAGUACCCCUUAAAGGUAUGGACUCGCAUCCAGAUCUCCAUCCACCGGAAUCAUCAUCCCAGUCGUCCUCUUCCUUGGCUCUUCCCCUAUCAGCUAUGCCGACUUCUACUUCUGCCUCCACUCUCCUGGCGCUUGCGUCUCCCGCCACCAGACGCUCCAUUUCUAUGGGAGACUUCCGGAGGGUGACAGGGGCUCUGCUAGCUGGCUCUGAACCCACAUCCAGGUCUGCCACAGCCCCCUCCUCCAAAUUGGUCACCCCGAGCUCCAGCAUGGAGUUCGAGGCAGCACGGCGCCGCCUCCUAGAGGUGGAAGAGCGGCAGCGUGUCGUCAGAGAGAUGGAACAGCGACUGGAGGAGCUUAGGGAGAUGUUCGUGCGCUCGGAGCAGCAGGUGGUGGUCCACGGGGAGCUGGUAUCGAGAAUAUCCACCUCAGCCCAGCAGGGUGAGUUGUACAUAGCGGAGAACACCCAACGGGUGAAGAAAGGCAUGAAGUUCAAGAAACAUCGACCCACCAUUGUCUUUUCUUCAAUGCUCGGGCUCCGCACAUGCCUUCCCUGGCCCGUGAAACUCAAAUAAGACUUCAACCGUUGCAUUUGGUCUCAAAUGGUUAGAAAUGUGCUUUACAGAGCUGGAAGUAUCGACCACCUUUGUUUAGCUAACUCUCAGCGACAUGGCUGCUCUCCAGCUUCAACUGUACUGCUCUUGCAUCCCGAGGCUGGUCCUCAAGGGGUUUAGAGUGCCUACAAAUAUCACAGAGGCUAGUAAGGAGCUUCCUGCUCAGUGUUUUUCAGAGGAAAUUCUCUGGCUAGGAAACCAAUCAAGCUAGCACCGGUACAACGGAUAUCAUUGUGUCCACGAUGUUCUUACAGAUCUUUGCUGCUUGUAGUUAGUCCGCUUGCUUUAUGAAGGAUUCAGACGAAAGCCACGAUGAGUCAGGUGAUGUGGGAGGAGAGGCUCAGACUGGCCUGAAAGCUUUUCUCUGCUUUAGCUAACUUAUAUAAUGUCUUUGAAAGAAGGUAAAGAGAAUUAAAGAUGAACAAAAGCACGGCGUGAAGGGCAGCAUCUUUGUAUAGAUCUGUACUGUUCUAUAAAAGCCAAGGAAGCAGAAACAGAAAAUGUCAUUUUAGACCUUCGUUAGAAAAUGUGCCUUGGCUUAUGUGACCCAUCACUCCCCCCCACCCCCCACCACCACCCGCCCACCUUGGCAUCUGGGUUUGGCAGCACAAGCAAAGAAAAACAAGACAUUCAUGCUGGGGAUGACUCCACCUGUGGCCUCUUUUUAUCCAGUCACCUAGCAACCGUUCAUCACUCCAUCCAACAUACAGAAUGUAUCCAGCUGAUUGCUGCAACAUUAUGUGACAACCGUGGAGUGUUUUAGGUUUAGAAUAAUUUAUUUUAUGAUUGAGUGAAAUCAUGCAUGUAUCAGAAUUCAGGAUUUUAAAAAUCACAACUUUUUGUGUCUUAUAUUACUGGAAAAAGCACUGAAGAGUUGCAAAUUUGCUUUUUAGAAUGCAGACAGGAUUUAGUGUGCACAAUGUGUCAGUGUAAGGACACUUAAUCUGUUUUAUUAAGAGUUUCUGAGCAUUUAGACAAGCUCAUGUUUAUUUUAUUGUGAGACAUUGGCUGCUAAUCAAAUAUUUAUAUUUUGUGCACAAGUAGAUUGUCUACUUUUCUACAAGUAGAUUGUCUACUUUUCUAUCGUUUUCCACCAUAAUUCCUACUUUCCAUGGUGGAAUUGAGGCAUCUCUUCCACCACUCUGUCUCUCCAGCUGCAUUUGGCGUACCCUGAAUGCACAGGUGAUGCACAAGGAAACAUAUCUGUUUAGGACAUUUCAAGGUUACAGUAGCGAGGCAGAGAUUCACUUUAGCUGCAGCAUUUUUCUAAAAUGUAGCGCAACUAUUGGAGAGGAUAAUCAGGGAUUUCCUGAUGCUGCCUUUUUGAAACCAUUUAAAGAAAAAGCACAUCAUUUAAGAUUUCAGCUCACAUGCACAGAAAUAGGAUGAGUUUCCUUUUAAGUCGAUGUGAGAGUAAAAAAAGUGAAUGCAUGUAAAAUACUUAAAGUGCAUGAGUUUAAAAGUGUAGGUUGUAAGACUUGGGGUUGCUUAUUUUCUAAUUUAGACUUUAAGGGCUUAAAUAUAGUUCGUUAAAGCUGCUUAGGAAGAGAUUUUUAAAGAGCAUCAUUAAGAGUGCCUCUUUAAUUUAAUCACUUAAAAUGUUGCAGUUUUAAAGUUUUAUGAGCUACUGAAGCCGUGAACUUUUCUCUGUGAAUGCUGACUUAUUCUGCCUACUGUCUUUGUGCACAUAUACAUACCAAACAAAAGUCUGCUAAGGUGAUAUGGAAGUAUUUUGGGGUCUUUCGUAUCGCGAGCCAGUGCUUGCACCAGCUCUUACAGCGGGUGUAAUUCAGGAUCUGUGGAUUGGCAUUAAGAGAAUUAUUUUUCUCCUGAGCAGAAAAAAAAACACUUAAUCCAGUGGGACUGCAGCUGUUCUUCUAUGAAUGACAUAAAAACAAAAAAUAGUCAAUAUUUCCCAAAGAUCUCUGGGCUCACUUGCAGAAUGAAUGUAAUGCUGAAUGUUUUUUUGUUUUAAAUUUCCUGAUCACUGACUAAUACAAUCAGAUAAAUCCUGUUUGAACUUGUGGUUGGCAUUAAAUUCACUUGAAUUUCUUUAUUUUAUGCCUCCAGGGGGACACGCAAGCAAGGAUCAUUUAACUGAUUUAGCAAAGUGAAAAGUGUUGUUCUCGCAGCCCUUUAUUGUCACAAAUGCUGACUAGUCACAGGCACAAAAACACUUUUCUGAAAUCUUGUUUUAUGGUGUCGUGUUUGUUAAUGUCUUCAUCGUCGCACACAUCAGGUAUCUAAUAGUCCUAGGCUUCCUUAGCCGGCUAUCUUAUGUCAUGUGCACACGUAGCUGGGUUUUUAUGAAACCAAAUAUCUUAUGGGGAAAGAAAAACUUGUGUCUACGCCACCCUGUUUUCAGUGAAAAAUCCUGCUCAUUAUGAAGCACAUUCAUGCCAAGCCUGUUCCCCAAAUAUUUGGCGUCUUCACCUAAAAACAUUCCUUGGACCUGGCGGGCAAAACCCUCCUUAACAUCGUCCCUCGCCUGUUGUCUUCUAGAGCAGCUAUAAAGCUAGUAAAAACAAGAAAGUGAGUGUACACACAGGUGGCGCAUGCAAAACCUAAACCAUGGUUGUAUUUGCCCACAAGCAGAUGCAGACAACGGAGAAUUUGCAUAACUCCACUUUGGUGUGGAUGAAAGCCAAACCGUAGAAAAUAUCCUUAUUUUGUGGGCGAUGUGACGUUAACAUCUGUAUGUUAGCAGAUGACAAUUGCUAUUAACUAAUGCUGAGCGGCUCUCAAGUGAAAUUGCAUGGGGCCUUAAAGAAUGGGGGCGGCUAAUUCCUGAAAAGGAAGGAAAACUCUGGAUUUCUGCUUUAAGGCUCACUUUUAUACUUGAAGCAACAUCUUUUCGUGACACAACUCAGUCUCCCUUAUAUACCUGAUGUGGCGGCCAUGUUUUUGAGGAAUGUUCUGCCAUUUUAUGCUUAGUUUCUAUGAUUCUGCACAAAGUUGAAACCUGUAAAACAAAAAUGUCGUAAAAUCUGCUUUCAGACUAUUCCUCACUUUGUAAGAAUCUUUUUCUCUGUGACCUAUUAGAAUAAAUUCACUAAAUGACUUGAA